AUGUUCGGCCUACGGAUUUUGGGGCUAUUUGCCUUGCUGGCUCCUUUAAUUUCGGGUGCUCCAAAUGACAAGCUGAGGGAAUGCUGCGAAGUAUUGCCGGGGGUCGAUCCGGGAUGUGCGAGGAAAUAUUGCGAUUUCCAUAAUGUCAACAGUUUGAUGGUAGUCCCCUUCAUCACAGAAUGUGGCCCAAAAGGCAGUACAGCUGGCCAGGUCUGGAAGUGUCUCUCUUCGAAACACGACCACACCGAAUGCUGUAGACGCCAGGGCGUUCUGCCGUUCUGUGUUCCAUUCUGCAAAGCCGACACGGCCGUCCCGACCGAUCUGCCGAAAUACGCGAUCUGCAUCAACGAGUUCGAGAAGUACAGAAAGUGCUUCCGGACGUAUAUUCAACAUAAUGGGGCCUAUCACGAGAAUUAUGAUUAC